AUGGCAGACUUAUCCUGGGACGUCCAUACAGCUAGCGAGGAAUUUCUUGCUCAACUCUGCAACAAGCUCGUAAAAGAGGACAAGAUCAUUGGGGGCUGCUUUGGAGGGGAUAGAGUUGUUAAACUUACGGACAAUGUAGCAGCCAAAUUUGGGUUCGGUGUCACAGCUUCCGAGGCAAAAACUCAGGAAUUUGCAUAUCAAAAUGUUGAUCCAAAUAUUGCUCACAUCCCCCAAGUUUACCGCUAUUUCCGCUGGGAAGAUUUUGGCUACUUGUUCAUGGAAUAUGUGCCCGGACAGCAGCUAAACGAGCUCGAUCUCAAUGAAAACGUGGAUAUCAUUCCACGUGUUACAAGAAUUAUCGAGCACCUUGGAAAAAUCCAGGGCAGUCAAAUACCAGGCCCUAUAGGCGGGGAAAUGCCAGAAGGUUAUCUCUGGGGCGAUGAUGGCGCAAGGACGACUUUUACCUGCGUAGCAGAUAUGGAAGCUUGGCUCAACAAACGUUUGGCAAUACGAGAUAAGUCUAUAGAUAUAAGCUCUCAUCCACUUGUUCUUUGCCACAUGGAUUUAUGUCGACGGAAUAUGAUUCUCAAAGGAGACAACACUAUCAGUCUCCUUGAUUGGGGUUGCUCUGGGUUCUAUCCGCGGUAUUUCGAAUUCGCGACUCUCUCUUUUAUGAUGCCGUAUGAUGAAAGUUACGAAACCCCAUUAAUAAAAGCUACGGCUACCUUGCUGGAUUGGACAGAGGAUGAGAAAGCUUUAAUUAGCCUGUUGGGACUUGCUCGUGCUGUUGCCCUACGAUAUACAUUGUAA